CCGGAAGUCGGCUUCGGCGGAUUUGGCGCGCUUUUGAAGUCCCCGGAGUUCGGGCCCAGGAUACACCUCUCGCCGUGCUGCGGGAUGUCCUCGCCGCUCGCUUCCCGGAGGACCCGCGAGGAAGUGGACGCGACACUGCAGGUCGCCAAGCUGAACGCCGCGGAGCUGCUGCCCACUGUGCACUGCCUGAGCUUCGGUCCCGGGACCGGCGGCGCGGCCACCGGCGACUUCUGCCUGCUGGAGCUGGAACCAGCGCUGUGCCAGCAGCUGGAGGCCGGGGACAGCAGUUUUGUGAUUCGAGGAGAUAAGGAUGAACAAGCCGUGUUGUGCAGUAAAGACAAAACAUACGACUUGAAGAUCGCAGACACUUCCAAUAUGCUGCUUUUCAUCCCUGGUUGCAAAACUCCAGACCAGCUGAAGGGGGAGGAAACACCCAGUGACAUCAUUCACACGGAGAUCUUUGGUUUCUCUAAUAAUUAUUGGGAACUAAGACGAUGCAGGCCCAAGUUAAAAAAGCUAAAGCGACUUCUGAUGGAAAAUACCUACGAAGGCCCAGGUGGUCAGAAAGAAGAGGACGGGAGUUGCUCAAAAUAUACCACUGAAGAUUUGCUUAAUCAAAUUCAGGCAAGUGAAGAAGAGAUGAUGGCUCAGCUGCAAGUCCUAAAUGCCUGUGAGAUUGGAGGUUACUGGAGGAUUCUUGAAUUUGAUUAUGAGAUCAAACUUCUGAAUCACGUAACUCAGCUUGUGGAUUCUGAAUCUUGGUCUUUUAAUAAAGUUCCCUUGACUGUAUGCCUGCAGGAACUUGGACCUUUGGAGCCAGAGGAAAUGAUUGAACACUGUCUUAAGUGCUACGGAAGGAAAUAUGUGGACAAAGAUGAGGUCUAUUUUGAAUUGAACGCUGACAAAAUCUGCAGAGCGACCGCGGAGAUGCUGCUGCAGAAUGCCGUGAAGUUCAAUCUCGCCGAGUUCCAGGAAGUGUGGCAGCAGAGCGUUCCCGAGGGGAUGACCACUCAGCUUGAUCAGCUCAAGGGUUUAGCACUGGUGGACAGAAACUCAAGACCAGAAAUCAUAUUCUUGCUCAAAGUAGAUGACUUGCCUGAGGGAACACAGGAGCGGUUUAAUAGUCUAUUUACUCUAAGAGAAAAGUGGACGGAAGAAGACAUCGCUCCAUAUAUCCAAGAUUUGUGCGGAGAGAAGCAAACUACAGGUGCAUUGCUCACCAAAUAUUGUCGGUCUUCAAUGCAAAAUGGUGUCAAAGUUUAUAAUUCAAGGAGACUCAUUUCUUAAAAGAACAACAUACUGAACUGCUUUAUAAAGUUGCUGGAUACAAUAAAAAAUUCUUUUGCAUA